AUGGCCGAUGAAACAAACCAUCCACGGCCAGUGCCCGCCAGAGGCAAAUUCUUCCAUCACUAUCGUGCCUUGAUCUACUGUGGCCUCGCUUGCCUUGGCGGCUUUCAACUUGGUGUCGAUCUUGGGUCCAUUGCUGGCUUCCAGGCAAUGCCUGGAUUCCUCAUGAUUUUCGGCUUCCCUUCUGAUUCUUCAGCUCUAGGCUGGGGUAUCGAUCCAACCGUGCAACAGCUCAUCAGCUCAUUGAUGUCAGUUGGGCCGUUUAUUGCCUGCCUCGCUGUCGGGUCCAUGGGCAGAUAUCUAAGCCGCAAAUGGGUCAUGUUCAUCGGGUGCUGCCUCAAUCACCUCGGUGUCAUUCUUAUGAUUGUCGCGAGAGAUUUGGCCACCCUCUAUGCGGGACGAGUUGUCAUUGGUCUCUCUGUGGGAUUCCUCGACGUAUUGCCACAGUUAUACAUCCACGAGUGCGCUCCUGCGACGCAACGAGGAUCUCUCCUGGGAGCCUUCAACGUGUUUGUUAGCGUAGGCCUCCUCAUCGGGUCUAUUGUGGACAACUAUACUUCAACCAUCAUGAGCACGCAAGCUUAUGUGAUUCCCCUCGGCAUUUUCUUCAUCGCUCCAGGAGUUCUCCAGAUCGCUCUUUUUUUCAUGCCCGAAACUCCGAGAUGGCUCAUUGAGCACCACAGGCCGGGGCACGCGAAAAAGGCCUUAGCCAGGCUCCGCAACAAGGACACUAGUCCGCAGCUGCUUGCAGCAGAACUACAAGAGAUAAAAGAGGCAUUUGAGGCGGAGAAAGCCCUAACCAAGAACAUCGCAUUCUUCGACUGCUUCCGCAAAACGAACCUUCGGCGCACGCUGCUCUCACUAGCAUUGCUUACCUGCCUUGGGGGCUCAGGGGCCUUGUUAUUCCUCACCUUUGGAACUUACUUCUUCGCCAUUGCCGGCCAAACAAACGCUUUCGCAGAGAGCGUCGGUAUGACUGCUGCUGGACUGGCCGCCACGGCUUUUUCCAUGUGGUUAAUCACUAGAAUUGGGCGACGAACAAUUUUACUCAUCGGUUUUGCUGCUCAAGCAGUAUGCAUGCUUAUUGUGGCCCUGGUAUACCAAUACAAGUCGACAACUGCAACCGGUGGCAAGGUGCUCGUUGCUUUCACCAUCAUCUAUCUCUUUUUCCACAACAUGUGCGUUGCUCCUUAUCUGUAUCUCUCUGCGGGUGAGAUCCCCACACAACGUCUGCGCGGCUACACUCUGGGUAUGGCCAUCGGUGUCGGAUUCGUUUGGAAUUGGGUGUCCAGUUACACGGCGCCAUACUUUCUCAAUCCGGUGGUCGAUAUCUGGUUUGGUUCUAAUUUUGUCAUCUUCUUCUUCAUCUUCUUCUUGGUUCCGGAAACCAAGGAUCGUACUCUCGAAGAAAUCGACGAAAUGUUUGAGGAGAAGCUCUCUGCACGCAAAUUCAAGAACUACAAAUGCAAACGAGCCGAGAAUGCCCGCGCCGUUGGCAUGCAUAUCAUUGAGGACAAGCAGAAUGAGAACCAUAACCAUGUGGAAUCAAUCUAA